ACCACUGUAGUCACAAUGCUGUCGUGUCUCUAGUCCGCUGCUAUAAUAGAACCAACGUUUUGCGUUUUGCGAUUGCCGUGGUCGGAUUUUGUUUGGUUUUCGAUUGUGUUUAUUUGUUGUCACCCCAGCUGCCAUUCUGGAUCUCCAUCAAAGGGCCACCGACUACUUCAUACGGUCGGCCAGCGCGAUGUGCGAGAACGGCUUCGGCGGAGUAGGUGUAGGGGGCGGAGGCCCGGUAGCCACCCUGGGCUCCCUGCAGGGCCUCUCCCAGCCCAAGAAGCCGUCCGAGGACCACAUCAAGCGACCCAUGAACGCCUUCAUGGUCUGGUCCAGGCUGCAGCGUCGCAAGAUCGCCCAGGACAAUCCCAAGAUGCACAACUCUGAGAUCUCCAAACGACUGGGUGCCGAGUGGAAGCUGUUGACUGAGAACGAGAAGCGACCGUUCAUCGACGAGGCCAAGAGACUGAGGGCGAUGCACAUGAAGGAACACCCCGACUACAAGUACAGACCUCGCAGAAAGCCGAAGACGUUGAGGAAGGAAGGAUACCCGUACACGAUGCCGUACCAGUCGGUGCCCAUAGACGCUUUGCGAGCUGGCAUGGCAGGUCAGGUUGGGUCCUACUACAACCCUGCUGCAGCCUACGGGUCACUCAGCGCGGCCAGCAUGGCGGCAGCAGCGGCAGCGGCACAGUCAUCCAUGUCUCAAGCACAGGUUGUAAGCAGUAUGGAUGCCAUGAAGUACUCCAUGGAAGCAGCAGCAGCAGACAAAUACCGAUACAUGCAGCCACCCUCCAGUCUGGCUAUGAGUAUGUACUCGGACCCCAAGUACCUCGACUCCACUCCCAAGACCUACGGCUACCUGGACCCCGCCUUCACCAAGGCCUACUUCGAGAACAAGAUGUACAGCAGUGACAUCAGCCCCCGGAGUCACGGGUACUCUGCCCUGGACCUAGGCAAGCUGUACGAGCAACCACCCACCACCUCUACGUCAGAAACUCCCAGAAGCCCAGCUCAGACUCCGGAGGAACGUCCGGAGCGUGAGCAUGAACCGUCGUCCGCAUCCUCCACUUCUUCAACCUCUCCUGGAGGUUUCCCAUACUACCAGUCCUCUGGACUAAUCCCGGUCUCUCAGUAUCCUGUUCCCUACCAUCAACCCUCCGCAUCCCAACCUUCCCCGGACUUCCGACGUCCUCUUACGGUCAUCUUCUGACCUGACAAACUGUAAUUGUAAAUAGUUUGAUGUUUAAGUGAUUCUUAGGAUAUUACUUAUCGAACAAAUUUAGUCUUGUUGUACAGGGUCUCUUGAUUUAGCAGUUCUAUCACAACAUUCAUACAUUUAUCAUGACAUGCUAAUCUGUUAUUUUGCUGAUGCACAACAAUAAAUGCUAGUUUUGCCUCAGAAAAAUGUUCAAAGCUUUUCAAAUAAUAAUUAUUUGAUUAUUUCGUAAUCUACAACACACUAAACGUAAUUAAUAGCAAUCAAAGAAUCAUGUUAUAAUAGCAUUUGCUAUUUUAUAAGCUUUCAAAACCAAACCACUUCUUUUCAAUGUACAGGUACCACGUAACUCUUGUACAUAACAAUAAAUCAAUUUGGAUUUGAAAUUUUCGUAAAUAUAAUGAUUCAGUUUUAUGUGUCAAGUCUUGUACUGUGAGGAAAGUGAGUAAUAUCAGCGUUUCAUCAGACUUAUUGAUUAUCUAUACCGCUAUUAGUUCAGCUUCUUAGCAGUAGUUGUGUGUAUUUGUAUUAUUUUAGUUUCAACUUAUCUGUUGACUUCUUAAAUGAUUAUACUUGUGUUAAUGAUUUUCAUGGCUCAAUCGUUUUUGCCAUUAUUUUGUGUGUUUUUUCAUUAAUUGUAAGUAACUAUGUAUUUAACUUUGUUGCUAUUUCCCAUGUUUCAUAGUAUUAAAAUAAUAGCAACUUUCGAACAUAAAAACAGAUCAAUUUUAUUUCAUUGUUUGAGAUUGAGGUGAUUUUUAUUUGUAAGAAGGAAAUUGUUUUGUUUGUUUCUUAGUUUAAGGCAGUUGUGAGACUUUUAUUAUUUAUAUCCUUUAUAUAUUAUAUGAAUUUUUGGAAUUCUUGUAUACAAUGUUUUGUAGAAUUCCGUGUUUUACCUUUAGCCUGUAUAAUGCUUAAUGUGUUUGAUUUUUCCAACAAUUACCUUAUAUGUUACGAGAUUUUGUCAGUUUUUGUUGUGUUCUUUGUUCAAGUAAAGGAUUUUGUAUUCCUAAUUAUUAUCUAUCGAUCAAGCUAAUUCUUACUAGGUGACGCUUUUUGUUUAGCUUUAGUAGAGUUUUAGUUUACAAUUUAAGACUUAUAAGACAAUUAUUUAUCCUUUGUUUUUACUGUUGUGAUAUUAUUUAGCCAUGUUUGUACAACCUUGUAUAUAUUUUGUACAGGUUAUUAAGGAUAGUUUUGUUAACUUUUUGUUAGCCAUAUUUUUAUUAUUAAUGUUGUUGUUCCUUAACCUAGUGUUCAUACCCUAGUGUUCUUCUAUGUUACACAAGCCAACACAAUUACUCUCAACAGUAAAUUAUACAGUCUUUAUCUAA